GAUUGUCAACUUUCCAUGGCGGCGUAAAACCACGAGGACAGGGUAUAGACAUGUUCUAGUUGCGAAUUCCGAGCAAAGUACAUUACAAACCUCUCUGAAAAUCAAUCAACUUAAAUAAUGGGUAACGUUUACGCUGCUGCGCCCCCUCCUUCGACCAACAUGGCUCUUUCUCCCCCUACUUUGCCUCCUCCGCAAGCGGCCGGUUCACCCGGGGAAGUCGCUCAGCAGCCUCCGUCAAAUGCAGACGAUAACAAUCCUGGCACCUAUGAAGACCUUCACAAAAAAUGCAAAGAAUUAUUCCCACAGAAUUUUGAAGGAGGAAAACUUAUAAUAUCUAAGAGUCUUAGUAGCCAUUUCCAAGUCAGUCACACAAUCAACAUGAGUGGGACGAAUCCAGCAUUGUCAGGGUACAGAUUUGGAACGACGUACAUAGGAUCAAAGCAGCUUAGUCCAUCAGAGGUGUAUCCCGUUAUUAUAGGGGAUGUAGAUGCAAGUGGAAACCUUAAUGCCAACAUCAUUCAUGCAUUUUCUCAACGACUUAGAUCAAAACUUGUUUCACAGUUUCAAGACAGUAAAUGUACAGCUGCUCAAGGAACGCUCGACUACAAAGGAGACGAUUACACCGCAUCACUUACGGUUGGAAAUUUAGACAUUAUAAAUAACUCGGGUAUAGCUAUAACGCAGUAUCUACAGACAGUGACGUCACGGUUAGCACUAGGAGGAGAACUAGUGUAUCAAUACGGUCCCCAGAUUCCCGGCAAACAGUUCACAGUCCUGUCACUAGCAGCACGGAUAUCAGGGGAGAAAUGGCAGUUGACUGGAAACUAUUGUCCCACAGGUGGUGCUAUGCACGCCUGUUACCACCACAAAGUUAGUGAUCAACUUCAGGUAGCCGCCGAGGUGGAGACUAGUAUUGCCAGUAGAGAGAGUGUGGGAACAAUAGGAUAUCAGCUAGAAAUACCAUCUACCAACGUAACGUUCAAAGGCCAACUGGACACCAACUGGUCUGUAGGUGGGACAAUGGAGAAAAAGUUAAUGCCACUUCCCUUCACCUUUGCCCUCAGUGGCAUGGCCAAUUUUGCGAACAUACAGAAACCUCAGUACCGUUUCGGUAUAGGACUGAUCGUGGGAUGAAUAUUCUGUCCAAGUGAUAUAGACUUGACAAUUUCAUUUAUUCAUUGAUAGUGUGAUAUUUGUAACCAUCAUGAAAAUGCUGAACAAGACGCCGGUGUAUCCGUCACAUCAGAAUUUAGUCUUUAGAGAUGCCGUGGGUGUGAGUUGUUGGUACGAGUGUGAUGUCAAUCUUUAUGCAUUGAUAAACCCUGCUCUUGUGUCAUUUUUCACAAUGCCUCUGUUAAAUAGUUGACGUGAAAAAUGACUGGAGUUACACUCGUGCCCAUGGACGCACAGUGUUUUGAGAAAUAGCUGUUACAUGUUCUUGGUAAGUAAGCACAGAGUUUCGUGGAGUUAAUUAGUUUCACUGAAGAUCUGUAUGCACCUUUGACCCCGAAUUUGAAAAUCUGGUGACAUUAGUGAAGAUCCUGCAAGAACGGUUAUGUUAGGAAAUCAAAUUUGGUUCAAGUACAAGCAAAAGGUCUCACACCCAGAACGUUUUUAGAAGACCAAUCAUGACUUGUGGAAGGUCCUUCUUUUGAAGUCAUUUUCUCUGCUGAUUAAAUCACAAAUACUAUGCACACACAAAAUCUGCUUGUUGGGUCCUAGAUACUGAUUAAUGAUCGCCACACUAGUGCCAACUAGAUACUGAUUAAUGAUCGCCACACUACUGCCAAAUGACUGAAUUACAAAUUAGUUAUUUACUUUAUUAAAUCAUUUCUUAUAAGAAUCCUGUACUUUUGGAACAUUUUUAACAAAAUAAUGAAAAUUGAUUAACAAAACCCUGCAUGUCGACGUCAUUAAUAGACAAAUGUGUUAAAUUUUCAUCAUUAUUUUGACAUUUGAGCGAAUAUAUAUGUUAUAUAUAUGAAAUAUCCUCAGUGCUUGCUUACAACUGCAGAGUACAAAAUACAGAGUAGGAAUCUAUAGUUUAUACCAGAAAAUGUUUUCUUUUUUCGAUGUUUAAAUAGUCACUGCCACAGUUCUUAUUCAGGGAUUUGUAUUUUUCUGAAUGUUUGAUUACAUAUUAUGUUCUUGUUGGGGUAAGUGCGAAGAAACCUUUGUUCAGAGAUUCUUUCAGUAUCUAAACCAUUAUCUGAAGGAGGAAAACCUGAUGUUAACUAUGCUUAGAUCAGGAGUGUAUUUGUGUUGUAACUUGUAUGCAGUCCUUGUUUAUAGGUGUGUUUUGUAAGUAGAGCAAGUGUGACCUGCAUGGUUGGUCUGGACACAUUCUGAAUAGCUGUAUUUAACAAAUCGAAGUUCUGGCUGCAUGAAUUGUGAAAAUAUAUUUAAAUUUUGGACAAACAAGAUUUCUGUUGCUAGCUGUAGAAUCAGGGUUGUGUGAGGACUGGAUUCGGUCGAACACAAUAAGGUAUGAUGUGAGCACGUGACGUCACAAUGGAGAUAUAAUUUUUUUUAAAUGUGUUGUUAUGCAUGCUAAUAACUUUCACCAGUUGUCCCGUCAUCUGUGGACAGUGAGCACUUCCUUCAUGUAUACCUAUAUACAAACAAUAUAUGAAAACCCUAAACUAACAAAUCAUCUGGCCCCAGGUUUCGCGAUCAUUCCUUAGUAUUUCCUUAUAUGCCAUUAUGGGUUAAAUUAAAGGAAAAAAUCGUCAUUAAUGUAUUUUUGUGAAGUCCAGCCUGAUUUUAGUCUUAAAUCUGGGAUGGUAACCUGUUAAAUCAAUCUAGAACAAAAAGUGCUGAGGGGUAAUAUAGCAGAAUCUAUACAAACAUCUUAUACAUAACACCAGGUACUGGUUUUUGAUAAAACAUGAAAUCUAACUCUAAAUCAGAACAUAAUUUAAUAGCAGAGGAGGAAUUUAUUAUUAUACCUACAGAAUUUCACACAACAGCUAUUUAUAUAGAAAAGUUUCCUAUACGGAACCUGAUGAUUUUUGUAUUAUAAAUGCAUACUUUUGUAGUAGAACACUGUUACAGUUCAGCUUAUUUCUCUGUACAUAUUAAAAGUGUAUAUGUGUGUGAAUGAUUGUGAGAGGUGGCCAAAUUAAAAGUCAUAAAUCAUCUUCA